AUGCAUGUAGAAUGUAAAUUACCUAAUGUUUGUGUUUCAGAUAUUAUAGGUGAAGAAAUCUUACGUGUUGUUGGAAUAUAUGCACCUGAGACCAAAAGUGAACUUAAGAGUUUUUUUUCUUCUCAACUUUCUUCAACACUUAAUCUUCGUAAUACUUCUUCACCUGCAGCUGUUUUGUUUUGGUCAAAAUGUAAAAAAUAUCUUAAACCCUCAUCCUCUACCGUACAUGCUUUUAUUGCACCAUCAGGACAUAUUAUUAAAGAUACUAAAGAAAUGUGCGAAGUUGCUGCUGAUUUUUAUGAAAAUUUUUUUAAACAAUCUAAUAUAGUGAAACCUCAUCCAUACACUGAUUUUCCACCUAUUGAAUACGACAAUGUCGAUGAACCGAUUCCUGAAGUAACAUUAGAUGAAUUAAUUUUCACAGUGCAGGCAAAACGUAAAAAGAAAUCUCUUGAUGCUCAUGGCAUAUCGAACUUCAUGUUUAAUUUUCUGGAUCAAUGUCAUUGGUCUUUAUUUCUUAAACUAUUUAAUCACUCUUUCGAAAAGGCUAUUUUGCCUGAGGCCUGGAAAGAUACCAGAAUGGUUUUAUUAGCUAAAAAGAGUCUAUCUGCUCUCCUUCCUUAA